AGGAUGUAGGAUGCCGAUUCGGACUCAACCCGGUCAGGACCAAUCGCAAACCAGAACCAGCAAGAAGGGAUAUGACGUCACAGAGUCCCGCACCGAUAUGUUGACCACCAGGGAAGCUGUCAUUCUCAUGUUUUGCUAACAGAACCCUUUAGCUAAUUGAGAAACCGCUUUCCGUCGGCAGACAUGGACCAGAGGUAGAUAAUUAGCCACAUAUGUUUAUGAUGUCAUCAGCCAGUGACACAGCAGUAUCUCCAGGUGGAGGCGGAAGAUCAGUCAUGGAGAUGUCGAACUUCGCCCAUGUGAUCUUCCAGAAUGUGGGGAAGAGCUUUCUGCCUCAGGCAGCACUGGAGUGCCACUACACGCUCACACCUUUCAUCACCCCCCACCCCAAAGACUGGGUUGGCAUCUUCAAGGUGGGUUGGAGCAGUGCACGAGACUACUACACUUUCCUGUGGUCUCCCAUGCCCGAGAACUACACUGAAGGCUCCACUGUCCACAGGGUUCUUGUCUUCCAAGGUUACUAUGUUCCCCGGAGCGAUGGUGAAUUUUAUCAAUUCUGUUAUGUCACGCACAUGGGUGAAAUCAGAGGGGCCAGCACACCCUUCCAGUUCCGACCGGCCACCCCUACAGGGGAGGAGCUACUGACUGUGGAGGAUGAUGGGAAUUCAGACAUACUGGUGGUUACAACCAAAACCGGACUACUAGAGCGGCGUGUGGAGGAAGUUCAGCAGGAAUGCAAGGAGCUGCAAAAAGCUGUUUGUCUGCUCAAGCAAGAGAGAGACCAACUUAAAGAAGAACAGAGGCAACACAAUCAGGAGCGACAGCAAAGGCUGCGAGAGGAGAGAGAGAAAGCUCAAGCUGGAGUGAAACAGCUGGAGCAGGACCUGCUAGGAGUCACACAGAAAGCUGUGCUUAAAGAGACAGAGUUGGACUGCCUGAGAAGCAAGUUACAAAAGGUGACCAUGGAGAGGGAUAAUUUGGAAAUUCAGCUCAAAAACGAGAGAGAUGAAAGGGAGCUGUACAAAUCUCACAUGCGCAGUGCUGAGCUGGAAAACACUAAGCUGAGUGCAGAGCUGCAGAUGCUGAAGGCAGUGGAGCUGAACCGAGAGGUCACCAUCUCACAGUACCAAGAAGAGAUACACAGACUCCGCACAGAAAGAAGCGCACACCCUGUAGAUCCAAAUGUACUAGAGCAGUUGCGUCAGGUGAAGGAGCAGCUUGAGGCCACGUACCAGCGAGCAGCCAUGCUGGAUUCUGAGCUACAUGAGGCGUCCAGUGAGCAUGAACGCACCAAAGCAGAGCUUCAGCGUGUCAGUCAAGAGGCUGAGAUUAUCCGGGCCAGCUUAGCCGAUGCCCAGAAGGAGUGCAGAAUCACCCAGAACCAGCUAUAUGAGCUGAGGAGCCAAACGUUACAGAAAACGGAGAGGGCAGAACCAGUCUCAGAGCUAGAGGCUGAACUUCAGAAGGAGGUGGAAGAGCUGAAGUUGAGACUGCAGAUGGCUGCUGAGCACUACAAGGAGAAGUACAGAGAGUGCCAGCGGCUGCGCAGACAAGUCACCAAACUUACACAGAAGCAGGAAACGCAGCAGGAGGACUGCAACAGGAAUGAUGCAUCUACAGACACCACCCAGGAGCCGAACAUGAUGGACGCAGAGUUACCGGCUACAAAAAAGAAGCCUGAGAUUCAGGAGUGUGCUGAGAUAAAAACAAAAGAAGAAAGGGAAGAGGGAGAGGGAGAAAAAACAGAAGCAAGCAAGGAUGAGCAACAAGAGGAAGGGGAGGAGACUAGUAUAUCAGUAGAGGCGGAGCUUGCUCAGAUGGAGGAGAGGUGGAGAGAGCAGUGUGUCAUCAACGACAAUUUAAAACUACUGCUGGCCGAUGAAGAGCAACGCUUUAAGGCACAGUUAGCUGAGAAGGAUCGAGAGGUCUUUUCUUUGAGAGAGAGUCUAGCUGAGGUGAUGAAAGAAAAGGGGAAGUUGGAAGAGGAGCUGCGGUCACGUGCAGGCAGAGAGGAAGGUGCUUGUGGACAGAGGUCAGAGGUCAGGGAACCUGUGAUGUUGCGUUAUCCUCUGCCCUACCCUCACGACUCUCCCCCUCUUCCCUUGGUGCCCCAGCAACCUGCUGAGCUGCAGUAUGGAAACCCUUACUGUGAACAGAACACACGCGAUGGUGCAGAUGGAGCAUUGUCACCACAGCAAAGUUGCCGCCCCCCUCCGGUAGCCCCACCUCCGUGGGUGGGUCCUGUGGUGUGCAGCCAGCCACUGCGCAGUCUCAGUCCUCCUGACGGCCUGGAGAAUCCUGCGGAGGAGCGGCCCAACGGAGGUGAUGGUGAAGCUCCUGCAGUCUGUGAUCAUCAAAGUCCAGAAUCCAAUGAGAGCGGCUCCAGCUUUUGCUUUGACACUAGGACUGAUGUUCAUAAGCGCUGUCCUCUGUGUGAAGUCAUUUUCCCACCACACUUCGAGCAGCGCAGUUUCGAGCGCCAUGUUGAGUCUCACUGGAGGGAGUGUCCUGUGUGCAGUGAGCAAUUCCCUCUGGACUGCCAGCAGCACCUCUAUGAGAAACACGUUCUCACUCACUUUGAUAGCAAUGUGCUCAACUUCGACAACUUUGAUUAGGAAAGGCAUGACUCUGUAAAGCCAUCAGGUUGCAUCCUAAUAGGAUCUAAAGUGGAGGGGAGCGUAAAUGCUUUGUUCGGCACUUUUUGAUGAUGUUACUUGCCUGUGUGCUAAUUCCUGCAUGUUUUUACAUCACUAACAUUUACCAAUCAGAAUUUUGAGAUUUGCACAUACACACAAUACUGUCUCAUAAAGACACGUUUUGUUGCUAAGUGUCAGGUACCGAUCCUUUUAUCAUAUUAGCCCUUUUCUUUCGGUACACUUUAUUUAUUCAGAAUGCAUUUAAAGCUGCUAUGAGAUUGGUUGCACUGUAAAAUGAUAGCUAAUAGCUUUACAUGUAUAAAUAUAGAACCUAUGAAGAGAUGUCUGUUGAUACUUACCAUUUGCAAUUCAGUGGAUGUUUUCUGUAUUUAUGUUUUAUUGAUUUUAUAUGAUGAUUAUGCAGGUCAUGUUUAACAUUUUGCUGUGUAAUAUGUAACAGCUUUGUUCUGUAGCUGGUCUUGUGAUGUAUGGCACCAGUUCCUGAUUUCCCAGAUGGACCAUUUAGAAGUUGCAUAAUGUUGUGGUGGGAAAAGGCCAUUCUUAGAAAGUGCUGACAAGAUUUUCAGGAUCUCAUUCUGGAGUAUAUUAGGCCUCUGAAAUGCCACUUCUUGUCCUGGCCAGACAUAAAAGAAAUCAAAUAAAGCUCCUGAUUUUAGUGUGCUAAGUUUGACAUGCUUAAAUGUUCACAUAUAUUUGCAGAUGAAAAACUAUAACUGUGCACUACAGUCAAAUGUCUUGAAUGUUUUAUCCUAGCAAGACAAUAAAAAUGGUGCUUUGAAUUCUAUAGAAACAACGUAGUGAUGUUUCACCCGUUUCAUUGGUGGUAUCAGUCAACAUUUUGGUUUUCUGUUCUACUUUUCCAUUAUGUUUAAUGUAUUAAAGUCAUUAUCAGGGAUGAAACUUAAAUAAAUUUACAGUCUCUGUUUCUUAAUUCAUAGGAAUUACACACAUUAAUUUCACACAAGGAGUGGUUUCAUAUGUAACCCACAAUGUAACUAUAAAAUAUAAGUAGAAAAUC